GUCCCGUCGGCGUUGCAUCCCCGUGUGGCUGUCAUUCUGGGCGUGGACCGCAAAUGGUACAUACCGCUACUGGUGUGUCGGGCACUGAGCACUGCACCGGCACUAUGGUGGGGUCUGCGAUGUGCUUUCACUUUCCUGGCGGAGCUGCUGCGUAUCAGGCCGGGCAUGUGGCGGGAAGGUUGGGCGGCCGCGAUAGUAGGGAGUACGAUAGCGGAUUGGGACGUGGAGCGGAGAUUCAGGGUGACGGAAGUAGCUUUGGCGAUUAUGUGGUGCUGUGCUUCUGCAUAUCUGUCCUAUUUCUUUGCUGAUUGCAUGAUGUCUCGAUGGCUCCUCAAUUACAGUCCUCCUGCUGUCGUGAUUCGCCUUCUCACUAUCAAUGGCCUCAUUUCUUAUAUGACAUCCUGGGUUCUCUAUUUGUCCGGGGCGUCCUCUGACCCACGACUCCUCCUCCCGGCCUGGAUAUCAAUCACCACCACAUUGACCUUCCUUUACCAUGCAACUCAAAAUCACGCCACUAUCAAACGCGAGACCACCGCAUCCAUCUCCGUCCUCUCCGUCGCCAGCUUUAUCACUUUCGUCAUUGCGAAGAAGCUAUGGGAGUGGUUCUGCCAGGCCCUGCAGAUGUACGCGGUACGAGAUAUCCACGGCGAUCCCGGUGUGGGUGGUAUAGGCAACGGGGGAAGCGGGGGAGUGGAGUUAUGAUUUUUUUUUUCUUGUCUGAUCAAUUUCUGUGCUAUGUAAAUAGGGGGA